AUGGUUAAUCUCGGACGACCAGCAAUGGGCUGUUUCAACUGCAAAGACAGCCGUGUCAAGUGCGAUCUCAAAAAACCAUCAUGUGGGCGAUGUAAGCGUCUCACCCAUAUAUGCCCUGGUUAUCCGGAUACCUGGAGCUUGAUACACAGACAACAAAACGAGAAGGUUUCUCGCAAGGUACAAUUGAGAGUGAAUCGUCAGCAACGCCUGAGACAAAACAACACAGAUACACCGCCCUUGUCGGCAUCGGCCAUUCACGCCUCGCCCGUCUCAGUUCCCAGGUAUAUUGACCAGAACGUCCAAAUUGACGCUGUUCAUCGGAUGUACUAUGAUUUGUGCUUCGACGCCAGCGUGGGCGUGUUCGUAGCCCUUCCCUUCAUAGCUGUCAAAACUUCUGUAUCGCCUUUCAUGCAUGCUCUCCAAGCCGCAGCUCUUGCCCACUCGUCUGCAAAUCUUAACCAAUAUGGACUUCUACCCAAAUUGGAAUAUUGCGCCGCAAUUUCUGCAUUGAAGAGAGAUAUCGCCGACCCGGCUCGAUUGCAGAAUGAUGCCAUCUUGAUGUCCAUUUUCCUCCUAGGCCUCUUCGAAGUCAUCGUUCAACAACGGUCGGAAAGAAAGGUAGAGACAGAUGGGUUAAAAUGUCACCCACACGCUACAGGCGCACUCGCGCUUAUUCGAUACCGAACUCAGCAAAAACUAGACAGCUCUAUGGAUAUAAGUGUCUUCCAAUUCUAUAGGCAUGUUCGUUCUCAAACUCUAGCUGACGUUGAUAUCUUUCGUCUUUUGCCUGGUGCAGCUACUCGAUAUUUUCCUCCUAGGCACCGACCCGAGCUCACUGGAGGCCGACUUUCAAAUGUAGCUACACUUUUCGACGAAAUCAUUCAGACAAUUGCAGACCUUGGGCAUGUCGCAUCCCUUGUCGCCCAAUGUCCGCGUUCUGCUUCCCACCCCGGGUACUUCAAUGGAUUACUAAGUCCAGAUAAUGAGACGAGCGUUGCAAUAGCUAAGAGUCUGUACCUGACGAUGCGCUUGCACAUGACCGAAAUGCUUUUAUCUCUGCUAGAAGAUGUCGGGGCCCCAGUGGAAAGUGUGUUGAAGGCGACCGUAGUGGACGAGCUUUGCGAGAUUAUACGCAUGGUUAUUGAUGGCAACUUGAAGUGUGCGCAAGGGGGACCUGGUAUGACUGCUAGAUUAUUGCUUAUGUCAUGGCCCAUGCUUGCCGUUCUCCAAUCCCAUCUCCCCAGCUUGGAAACAAAGGCUUGGGUUCAGAGUUUACUCGAUAGGAGAAGGUAA